AUGUUGCUAUCAAAACAAACUUUACUAAAUGAACUGUAUGUAAUCUUAUCUAGUUAUGUUAAUAAAUCAUUUCUUUUAUUAAAUAAUAAACAAAAUUGUCGUACAACUGAUCUAUUAUCUCAAAUAUUAAAAGAAGUAAAUAAAAAUAAACGAAAAAAAUUAAAACGUCAACUAAAAUUAACAACAGAAACAAUUUAUUAUUGUUGUCAACAACCACUUCAAUUAUCAUCAUACAAAUAUUUAAAACGUUUACAAAAAUUAUACAUUAGUCAACGUUUAAAUGACAUAGUAGUUAUUGAUUGUUCAUUUCAAAAUGAACAUGUUAAAAAUGAAAAUUAUUUACAAAAUUUAAUUCGAAAAGUUCAUUCUUGUUUUACCUACUUAUAUAAAUAUCAUACACCAUCGUUCAUCUAUUUAUGUAAUGUAAAUGAUAAUAAUAAUCAAUUAAAUAGUCUCUAUUUUCAUUCAACAUCUCAAUCAUAUUUAGAUUUAUUUUCUCGAGAACAAUUAAUUUAUUUAACACCACAUUCAGAUAAUAUUAUGAAAGAAUAUGAUCAUAAUGCUAUUUAUAUUCUUGGAGGAAUUUAUAGUCAAAUUGUUAGAGGAAGAAAAUGUGAUGAUCAUGAUGUAACGGGUGUCUCACAAUAA